AUGUUAAAUGAAACAUCCGCUCAUCCUGAGUUUCUGACCCUUGGAUUCGGGGAACUUAAUUCAAUAAAAUAUCUUUACAGUUCAUUGGUGUUUGUAGGCUUUCUGCUGACCAUCCUGCUGAACAGUCUGGUGGUCACGGCCGUGGCUCUGCACCAGAGUUUACAGGAGCCCGUGUACAUGUUCAUCUGCGCAUUGUCUAUUAAUGGAAUCUAUGGAAGUAUUAUCUUCUACCCGGGUAUUUUUGUUACUUUGCUUUACCAAGUGCAAAAAAUCUCCUAUGGAAGUUGCUUGGCCCAAGUCUUCUUUAUUCAUACCUACGGAAGCUUUGAGUUGGCCACACUAGCGGGCAUGGCGAUUGACCGUUAUAUCUGCAUCUGCAACCCUCUCAGAUACAACAGCCUCAUGUCCCAUGCAACAGUUUUCAAAAUAAUUGCAGCAGGUUGGCUGAACUCUAUUUCAUUUAUCGGCGUAAACCUCGUAUUGACUUACAGACUUCCAUUGUGUGACACGGUGGUACUCAAGAUCUACUGUGACAACUGGUCCGUAGUCAGACUUUCUUGCAUUGAUACCACUGUGAACAAUAUUUUUGGAAAUUUUGUUUCAGCCAGCGUCAUUUAUGUCCCUAUUUUAAUAAUAGUAUUCUCCUAUGUAGAGAUUCUAACAGUGUGUGUCCAAUCUUCAAAAGAGGUCAUCUCCAAAGCUUUGCAGACCUGCAGCCCUCAACUGAUCAUUUCUAUUAACUUUGUGACUGGGGCUCUCUUUGAAAUGUUUCUCUACAGGUACAUGCCCACCAGCAUUCCAUAUCAGAUACGGCUUUUUAUGUCACUGGAGUUCCUUGUGCUAUCUCCAAUUCUUAAUUCUUUUAUAUAUGGGUUGAAAAUGAAGGAGAUGAGAUCAAAGAUAUUUAAGCUUCUUCAUUUGGAGGCCAGCAAAGUUCAUGAAAUCCACAAGUAGGUACAGAAGCUUGAGGAACUGGUAAUUUACUGGUUA